CGAUGAUUGGCAUUGCCACAUUCACCAUAAAAAGAUUUGCAACAGUGAGCCAGUGAGGGCAGGAAUUUACAUAUGACAUUGUUGAAGCCAAUUUUUGAAAGAAUAUUAAUCAUAUGGGCUCUAGUUACUAGCUGGCUGAAGUACCACAUAAACCAUGAAGGAAAUAUAGUACUUCUUAAAAGAUUGUUAGAAGAACUAGAUAGCCAAACUGCAGAUAUGGAGCAAAAGCUAGGUGCUGAGCCUCCUCAUCCACUCAAAAGACAAGAAAAUGAAGUUUAUGAGUGGUUAGAAAAUGCGGAAAGGAUCAAAACUGAAGUACAAACUAUUUUCCAAAUUAGUGAAAGGAAAUUUCUAUCACGUGACCAUUUUGGGAAGCUUAUUGACGAGAAAACUAUAGAGGUCAAGGAGUUGCUGCAGGAAGGUAGAUUGAAUACUAAGAUUUCCGCCGAGAAAUGUUUCAAGUACUUGAUCAUUGGCGGUGGAGUUGCAGCUGGAUAUGCAGCUAGAGAGUUUGUCAAUCAAGGGCUCAAGCCAGGUGAGUUAGCAAUCAUAUCAAAAGAAGCAGUGGCGCCUUAUGAACGUCCUGCGCUUAGCAAGGCCUACCUGUUUCCUGAGGGAGCUGCGAGACUUCCAGGGUUCAAUGUCUGUGUUGGAAGUGGAGGAGAGAGGCUGCUUCCAGAGUGGUAUGUGGAGAAAGGUAUUGAACUAAUUCUUGGAACAGAAAUUAUCAAAGCAGAUCUUGAUUCAAAGAUCGUCACCAGUGCAGGUGGGAUGAAAUUCAGUUAUGAUAUUUUGAUAAUUGCAACUGGUUCCAGAGCAAUAAAGUUGACAGAAUUUGGUGUAAAAGGAGUUGAAGCAAAGAACAUUUUCUACUUGAGAGAAAUCCGUGAUGCCAACAAGCUUGUAGAAGAAAUUAGAGCCAAGAAAAAGGGAAAGGUAGUGGUUAUUGGUGGAGGAUACAUUGGUCUUGAAGUUGGAGCAGCUAUGAGAAUCAACCAGUUUGAUGUGACCAUGGUUUAUCCCGAACAAUGGUGCAUGCCACGGCUUUUCACUCGAGAGAUAGCUGCUUUCUACGAGGCUUAUUAUGAAAACAAGGGCAUUAAAUUCAUCAAAGGUACCGUUGCAGUUGCCUUUGUUGUUGGCUCGAAUGGAGAGGUAAAAGCAGUUAUACUCAAGAAUUGUAGGGUGCUGGAAGCUGACAUUGUUGUUGUUGGCGUUGGUGCAAAACCUGUCAUUGAGUUAUUUGAAGGGCAAGUUGAGCAAGCUAAAGGUGGCAUCAAAACUGAUGAAUUCUUCCAAACAAAUUAUCCUGAUGUAUAUGCAGUAGGUGAUGUGGCUACUUUCCCUAUGAAGUUAUACAAUGACAUGAGAAGAGUUGAGCAUGUUGACCAUGCUAGGAAAUCAGCAGAGCAGGCAGUGAAAGUUAUCAAGGCAAGUGAAGAAUAUAUAUCUACUCCAGAGUAUGAUUAUCUUCCAUACUUCUAUUCGCGCGUCUUCAAUCUUUCGUGGACGUUUUAUGGAGACAAUGUAGGUGAUCCUGUGCUAUUUGGAGAUAACAAUCCUGCGUCAGCGAAACCAAAGUUUGGAACAGCAUGGAUCAAGAACGGUAAGAUUGUGGGAGUUUUUCUAGAGGGAGGCACAACUGAAGAAAACGAAGCUAUUGCACAAAUUGCAAGGAUUCAACCUCCAGCUGAUAAGUAUUUGGAUCGACUGAGAAAAGGUGGUUACUUCUUUGCUUGUAAAUUGGAACUCUGCUAAGUGGAUUAAAUCCAUGCAUACCCUGUAUAAAUUUAAUUGAUGCAUGAUUUGUUUUCGUUUUGUUUCCACUGUUAAACUUAUGUGUGU